AUAAAAUAUACAAAAUAGUAAUCCUAUUGUGAUACAUUAGGGAGCAUCAUGCACAAACGGUAGUAUCUCACCUAUCACUACACUUCAUCUCACAUUUUUUUAAAAAUAAAAAAGAAAAAAAAAACACCCAAAAGUUGGUAAGCACCAUCAUAGACCCACAAGGAAACCAUUCCAAACAAGAGGGCUAGGCCUAAACACCCAAUCCUAACAGCAAAAGCCUAUAUCAGCCUAAAUAAUCCUAAUCCUGCAAUCUGCGGCCUCCACGCCAGACCAUCACCGCCACCUCCCCAGCCCCUUAAAGUAAUGAAAAAAUAGCACAACUCCGGCCAAAUACCGCAAACCCUUCAAUAAAAUGACCAGGAGCACACAACCACAUCCCACCUCCAUCAGCAGUCACCAAAGCCGAAAGAUCAGCGAUGCACGCUCGCGCCCUCCACCGGACAACCAGAGCACCAAAGACGAUCACAGAAAUGAAAACAGCAUGGCCAAAGAGGAGGAAGCCAGUAGCCGCGUGAAUCCCCUCUCCGUUAAGCAUAAACCAGUUCACCCCAUGAAAAGGAACUGGCCGGAGAUCCCAAACGCCAAACGACGAUCACCACCUGCAGCCGAAAACCACCAAGCUGUUAAGCACAAGAUCGGAUCUAGCCAGGAAAGAAACUGACGGGCAACAAUGGAACAUGAGAGAUCGACGACGGGAAGAUGUGCGAAAGGCAGAGAAGUGGAAAGGAGGAGAGCGCAGAAAAAGAAGAAAAAGGAGAAGAAAGCUAGAGGAGUGCCUAGGGGAGGAGGACACCCGCCCCCCAGAAGCCCAACCGCAACAGAGAUUUAUGACCAGCGCAAAUGGUUCCGCGGAAGGGGUUCCACGGCAGGUGAUCACGCGGCAGAAGGGGUCCUGCGGAGGUGUCUCGCUGUAGGAGGGGUCCCACGGCGGGUGGUGUCCCGUGGCGGGGUCUCGUGCCCUAGGAGGGGCUCGCGGCCAAGAGUGGUCUCGCUGACCUAAGUCGAUUGGAGGUGUCAAGCUAUCACUUAGGAUUACCUAUAAAUAUCAGUUGCUGCAUUCAUUUAUUUCUUUAUGCUAUACGGAGAGAAUUCUAGAGAUAGAGAGUGCAAGAGAAAACUUUUCUCAGAGAGGAAAAAGAAGACUUGUAAUCUUUAGUUUUCUUUGUUCUUAGUGGACUGAUGUGGCUACCGGAGACGUA